UGCUCAGAAGAAAGCUUAAAAGAUGGGUUCAAAAAGGAAAAACCAAAAACUUAUCACAUCAGAAAUUGCAGAGCCGUCUCUAUCAAAGGCCAAGAAAAAGCCAAAAAUAGAUUUGCAAGAAUCGAUGAAGAAGCAAAACGAUGUUGCUCUAUUCCUUGCGGGGAAAGUAAUCUCUGUCGCAACCAAAAAUUCUAACUUCGUCUUCUCUCCUGCAUCUAUCAACGCCGUACUCACCAUGGCCGCUACUACCUCUGACGAUGAAACACUAAGAUCCUUCAUCCUCUCCUUUCUUAGGUCUUCUUCCAUUGACGAGCUCAAAGCCAUCUUCCGCGAAAUUGCUUCCGUCGUCCUUAUGGACGGAAGCAAAAGAGGUGGGCCAAAAAUCGCGGUAGCUAAUGGAGUGUGGAUAGAGCAAUCACUUUCGAGUAGUCCUGAAUUUAAGGAUCUCUUUGAGAAUUUCUUCAAGGCUGAUUUUGCUCAAGUUGAUUUCCGAUCCAAGGCCGGAGAAGUGCGUAUGGAGGUGAAUUCUUGGGCUUCACGUCACACCAAUGGUCUCAUCAAAAAUCUUCUACCUCCUGGAUCUGUUACAAGAAAAACAACUAAAAUUUACGGUAACGCAUUGUACUUCAAGGGAGCCUGGGAAAACAAAUUCGAUAAGUCAAUGACGAUACGCAAACCUUUCUACCUUGUCGAUGGCAAACAAGUACAUGUGCCUUUCAUGAAAAGCUAUCAAAGACAAUAUAUUAAGGCUUACAAUGGUUUUAAGGUCCUUAGACUACCAUACGGACAAGGAGAUAAUGAACAAGUCGCCAAUUCUCAAUGUGUUUCUAUCUCCCGGACAAGAAAGAUGGAUUGGAUAAGCUUGUGGAGAAAAUGACAUCUACUGAUGGAUUCUUGGACAGUCACAUUCCGAGAUGGAGAGAUAGAGUUGGUGAAUUCAGAAUUCCAAAGUUUAAGAUUGAAUUUGGGUUUGAAGCUUCAAGCGUUUUUAAUGACUUUGCGCUUGACAUGUACCAUAAAGCUUUGAUUGAGAU